CACUCUGCCCGACAGAAGGCGCCUCUGUGCUCGGCUAUUAUUACUGCAUUAUAUUAUUGUUUUUUUUUUUAAUCAAUCGUUUAAGCCAAAAUACUGCAACAUUCAAGUGUUGUGUUUCAUGUUAUUUGUUCCAAAGUGCAUAUCAUAGUUUAGUGUAGAGUUCCCUCUCCCCCGUCCUGCACGCAACAAAAUCAGACACGCGCUUGCUCCUACCACACUCCUCCUCCUAUCCUCCAUCUUCCCUUACGCUUACGCUUAUAGUUUCGUCGACCCCUGGCCGUGGAAGUUCCCCCCCAGGUGCAGCAGCGGCAACGCAAUAGCAGCAGCGGCAGCGCUUUAUCGAUUUCACCCCAAGAUUUUCCAUAAACGGCUACAAACUGCAGGCGCCCGCAUAUCCGCGUGUCCCCCGUGAUAAUGGAAGUGUCCUCCGAUCCGUAUGAACAGAAACUGUAUCAGAUGUUCCAGAGCUGCGAAACGACGCACUGCGGCCUGCUGGACGAGAACUCGCUGCUGAAGCUCUGCUCGCUGCUGGAGCUGCGCGACCAGGGGGCUGCAUUGAUCACCAGCCUGGCGCCCGCCAGUUGUGGUGCUCACAAAUUGGGUGUUUCCUUCGGGCAGUUCAAGGAGGCGCUGCUCAACUUUCUGGGCGCAGAAUUCGACAGCAGCACAGCAUCGCCGGGAUUUAUGGAGCGUUCUUUGGUCAUUACGGAUGAUCCACUGGCCAGUACAUACAUCGAAAGUCCACCGGAGUCGUCGGAUCGUGAGGUGUCGCCCAAGCUGAUUGUGGGCACCAAGAAAUAUGGACGCCGCUCCAGGCCACAUCAGGGUGCUGGAGGCGGUGGACUCUAUGAGCUGUCCGUGACGGAUUCAGACAACACGGAUGAAGAUCAGCAACAGAAGCAGCAAAGGAGUCUCAAUGGCUGCGAUGAUCUCAGUGUGCAGGUGCAACGUUCAUCCUCACAGAGCGAUCUCCCGGGCAGUCGGCGCCUGCGUUCCGUCCACACCAGCGGCAGCAAGCUGAAGCGCUGCGCCUCGCUGCCCGCCCGCAAGAAUCUGCAAUCGCGUAUGGGUGCAGCAUCGGGCGCGGGUGUGACAUCACCCACGGCCGCCAGCAAGCUAAAACAGUUGGCCAAACAGAAUCAGAAUCAACAGCAAAACAGCAGCAGCGUCGAAUCUCUGGGCACCCACCUUCUGUCUGCCACCGCACCGGCGUAUGAGCACGGGAGAUGCUACCACGGCGGACGUUUGUUCUGCUGCAAAGACAUCGUGACGCCACAGCAGCUGGAGAUGAUUAGUGCGGAGAGCAUUAUCGAUGCCUGGGAUCAGGCCAACAUUGUCAACAGCCGAGCCCUGCUGCAUGCCUUGGGCUUUGAUGAGGAGGAUGUGAACCUGCUGCAGCUGACCAAGGUGCUGGAGGAAGAGUCGCGGAGUCCACUGGAACAGGAUCCGCACACGAAUACGCUGCGUGCCUUGGUGGCCCUGCAGUCGUCGGAGUUGGCCAAUUAUCGUCGGGCUUAUCGCCAGCAGCACGAGGAGAAUGUGAAGCUGCGCUCGGACAAUAAGGCGGCCAAUCAGCGGGUGGCUUUGCUGGCCGCCGAGGUGGACGAACGGCAUGCCACGCUAGAGGAUAACUCGAAGCAGCAGGUGCAACAGCUGGAGCAGCGGCAUGCCAGCAUGGUGCGUGAACUGACGCUGCGCAUGAGCAACGAUCGUGACCAUUGGACGGCCAUGACGGGGAAGCUGGAGGCGCAGCUAAAGCAACUCGAACAGGAGGAGAUCAAGCUCAAGACUGAGCUGGAGCUGGUGCGCAACGAGAACGCCGAACUGGAGACCGAGCAGCAGAAGGCGCAUCUCCAAAUGACUGAACUGCUCGAGCAGAAUAUCAAGCUGAACAAUGAGCUAUCCGGCCGUCAUCAGCACGGCAGCAGCAGCAGUCCCGAGCGCAGUCCUCACAGUGCGAGACGCGACAGCGUUGACAAGUCAGCGGGGGAUGAGGAGGAGAUGCUGCAGCUGAUGGAGAAGUUGGCCGCUCUUCAAAUGGAGAACGCCCAGCUGCGCGAUAAGACUGACGAGCUGACCAUCGAAAUUGAGAGCCUGAGCGUGGAAUUGACGCGUGCCAAGACCCGAAGCAAGAAGCAGGAACAAGACUCGGAGGCAGCGGCAGCCGCUGGUGGCGUGGCGGCUACCAAGCGACGCGGCGACUCACCCAGCAAGACGCUCAUCACCGAGGAGAGUCCGCGUUUGGGCAAGCAGCGCAAGUGCACCGAUGGCGAGCUGAGCGACAAUAGCAACAGCAACAGCGGCGACUGGCUGGCCCUCAACUCGGAGUUGCAGCGUAGCAAGAGCCACGAUGAAGAGCUCACCAGCCUGAGGCAGCGCAUAGCGCAGUUGGAGGAGCAAUUGCAAGCGGCGUCCGCAGGCACAGCCACGGUGGCCACACCAGACAGUCGCUGCAAGGAGCUGGAGAGCAGCCUGGAGCAAAUGCAACGCGCCUACGAGGACUGCGAGGAUUACUGGCAGUCGAAGCUGGGCGAGGAGCGGCAGAUGUUCGAGAAGGAGCGCCAGAUCUACGAGGAUGAGCAGCAGGAGAGCGACAAAAAGUUCACCGAACUGAUGGAGAAGGUGCGCGAAUACGAGGAGCAGUUCAGCAAGGAUGGCCGCCUCUCGCCCAUCGAUGAGCGUGACAUGCUCGAGCAGCAGUACACGGAGCUGGAGGCAGAGGCCGCGCAGCUGCGCUCGAGCACUGUGCGCAUGCUGGAGGAGAAGUCCCAGGAGAUUGGUUCGCUGCAGUGCGAGAUCGAGGAUCUGCGGCAGCGACUCGGCGAGAGCGUGGAAAUCCUAACUGGUGCCUGUGAACUCAAUUCGGAGUCGAUUGCCCAGCUGAGCGCCGAUGCGGGCAAGAGUCCCGCCAGUUCGCCCAUCAGCUACCUCUGGCUGCAGAGCACCAUCCAGGAGCCAGCCAAGACGUUUGGUCAAGGCGCCGCAGAUGAAACAAGUGCUGGUGGCAGUGCUCUCGAUUUGCUGUCUGCUGGUGGCUCACCAACGCACAAGGCGACCAGUCGAAACAACCUCACCACCUCGGAAACAUCCAUCUUUAGUACGACACCGUUUGACAGCACAUCGUCGGGUGGCUCGCCCACCAACAGUGGCUCAUCUUCCGCACAUGCAGGUGCAUCCGGACCGGCGCCUAUCAGCAAACCCAAGCGAUCACAGAGUCCACAGCAGGCGCAGUCGGAGGGCGAGAUAGCCGAUUGUGAGACCUCUUCGACGGCAUCCAACAAGAGCUUCGAUACGCACAGCGUGGUGUCCAACAGCAAGGCCUCAUGCCGCAGCCACGAAAAGUGCAGCAGUCCGAAUGUGCUGAAGGAGGAACUGAAGCGCCUCAAGUUCUUUGAGCUGUCGCUGAAGGAACAGAUCAAGGAUUUGAGUCUGCAACGUGACGGUUUGGUCAUGGAACUGCAACAGUUGCAGGAGGCCCGACCUGUGCUCGAGAAGGCCUAUGCGCGAACAACGCAUCCAACGCUUCAGCAGCGACUGAACCAAUUGGAGCUGCGAAAUCGCCAUCUGCAGAAUGUGAUCAAGCAGCAGCAGCAAUACACCGAGUCCCUGAUGCAGCAAUCCUGGCGUCAGCAUCAAGUGGAACUCAAUGAUUUGCAUGGCCGCAUCGAGGCGCAGGGCGUUAUGCUGGCCGAUCAGACGCAACGUCUGCAGAAUGCCGACAUUCUUGUCAAGGAUCUGUAUGUGGAGAAUUCCCAUCUGACCGCCACCGUGCAGCGCUUGGAGCAGCAGCGUGCGCGCGUGAAUCUAAUACACCAACAGCAGCAGCAGCAGCAACAGCAGCAGCAGCAGCGUCUAGUUGGUGCCGCCCUGGGCGGACUACCAGGCAUGCCUUAGUCGAAACCACAAGACAAAAACCAAGACAACAAAAAAACCCAAUUAAUCAAUCAAUAGAGAGACAUCGAACUUGAACUCAUGCACCGCAAAAUCAUGCUGCAUAAUCGUUAUGAAUGUUAUAGACUUAAUUUAUAAACUGUUUUUUGAGUGUGCGUUGUGUAAAAUUAAUGUUGUACGGACACACAAAAAAGAGAGGCACAGCAUCGAUACGAAAAACUAAACUCACCCACGCGCAAAGAGGAACAAUCUCCAACACACUAAAGUACCAAUUUGUAACACAAUAAUCGACUAAUAACUUAACUAAAUGGAGAAACUAUUUACACGCGCGCGUAAUCGUUUAAAUAUUUAUAUAUAUAGAUAUCGCUAUAUAUGUGUAAAAUUCUACUGCAAUGUUGACCUUAAUAAUUGACUACGCGAAAAAAAAAAUAGUUAACGUAUAAUAACAUACAAUAUAUUAAUUAUCUUAGUAGAAAGAGAUGAGAGAACAGUAUUUUAAAUUUGUUAUGCGUCUGAAGUAGAGACAGUCGUGCCCAUACCCCCACAAACCCCCACGUUUAUCAAAUGUUUAUCACGUGCCCAAUCCCAAAUGCAUCGGAAUUGUUGUUAAUUUUAUUGGUAGAACAAAGACAAGCAAACAAACAAACAAACGAAAACAAUACAAAGCAAAAGAAACAAACAUGAUCUAUGAUAUUGAUAUAUGAAUAAUAUGUAACGAAAAAAGACCUGUACAUCUGUAAACCAUACACACUUAUCUUAUACUCUACAUUUGAAUGUAAUGUAUCUAUUUUGUAUUUAUGCGAUUUAAGUUAGCCAAUACUAUUCGAUUGCUUUUGCGAACGCAAAACAUUUUUGUUAAACAUUUUUUCUCGGUUUAUCUGUACUGGGGCAAAAAGCUUCCCCACAAUCUAUUAUGUAUUACAUAUUUCGGAUUCAACACAUUACGUAGAGAGACUCCAUGUUAAAUGUAUGUAUUUAUGUGUGGUCAACGCUGCUUUACCCAAUACUUUCGAUCAGAAUAGAAAUUUACUUUUUAAAAGUAUCAACAAAGAGUAUCAAAAAAUAAUAAAA